UGGCCGUAUUUCAGAAAAGUACUGAGGAGUAAGAUCCUAUCAGGCUAAGGUAUGGGUGUCCAGACUCAGAUCCUUUGUUCUGAAACCAAAGACCUUGCUCUGGGGACAGGAUGUGAAGUAGUGUAAGCAACAGGAUGGAGUCUGACCCAGCAUCAUUUUUUUUUCAACAGCUUGACACCCUAGGGCCUAAAGCAGGGUUGGGUGUUCUAGUCAACAUAAGUACCUUAAGGCCUAAGGUUCCCCAGUAUGAUUUCUUUCUUUCUUUCUUUCUUUUUUUUCUUUUUUCCAACCCCAGAAUGAUUUCUAAUGAGAAUUGGAAAAGGAUGUUGGCAGCAACCAGGGAAGGCAGCAUGAGAAAGUGGCUGCCAGUCUGGCUCCCUAGGGCCACAGAUGGCUCCUCUCCCAGCUCAUCCUAAGUAGCCAGUGCCCAAGCACUCCAAAAUGGAAACCUCAGAUUAUUCCAGCCACCUUCAUGUAUCACCUGCUCCCCACCUCUCCUCUUUCUGAUCCGCACACCCUCUUUCCUUCAUUUACUCAAUGAUUUUUACUGGGCAGCACUGGAAGUGUUCCAAAGUCAGCCCAUUAGGAUGGGUGGGACAAGAAAGGACCUACAACAGCAUUAGGAGGUAGGCCAGGCCAGAGACCCUAAGAGUAAUAGGACAGGGUUGGUCCUGCAUGGUCACAAGCACUGGAAGAACUGACAUAGGACGAACCUCCAGAUGGUCAGUACUAAGCAAGAGGCUUUCAGAUAGGUCUUUGGGGAUCUUGUCCUCAUUGCUGGGUGCAGAAGGACACCAUUGGUCAGACCAUCUUAUAUCCAAACAAUAUGAGACCAGGUCUACAUCCAGCUCUAAAAGAUGGGGCAAAAUGCCAAAAACAAUGGUACUCCCUACCCCAGAAUCUGCCUGUUCCAUGUCAGCACCCAUGUAUACCUACUUCUGGGGAAACCAGUUUCUACUCAGCUAGCAGCUGAGGCCUUAGGAGGAAUUCUGGUCGUAGGGCAGCCAGUACCAAAUGAGAAUAUGCAGCCAGCCUCCCAUAUCAAUUGUUUGGGGUUUGCAAAGAUGAUGAGUACCAGGCAGGCAGAGAUGAGGGGUGAGCCCAAAACUGAGAAUCUAAAAAAAAGUCCUAGUCUUAAAAGACCUCAUGCACUAGCCAUACCUUGUCUCCCAACAGUGCAUCAUGAGGCACUUUCAGCCAGGUCCAUAGACUUGGUGGUGAGGACUGUCCUCGGGGUAGGUUUGGGGGCACUACUCAGAAGCUAUGACCACUUUGGUACAAGGAUGGGGUCAUUAAGGGCCUCACCCAGAGAGGGAAGCCCUAGAACUGUGGGGCCCAGAGUGAGGAGAUAGGAAAUAAGGUUGGCCUUAUGGACACAUGCUAAAACAAAUGCAUACAUGUGCUUAAUGGUAGUAGUAUAUUGAUGUGCACACACACACACACACACAUUGACUUGGUUGGUGAUUUCUGUCACUUGCCUGCUGGUUAGGAUAGGGUCAAGAUGGACCCCACUUACUGCCCUUGACAGUGUAGUCUGAGUUCUUACUAUAUUGGCUGGAACUCCUCCAAGACCUGGUCCCUCUGUCAGCAGGGAGUUGACUCCCCUGAGGUCAGGCCUGGGAGAAGGCCAAGGCUAUGAGAAACCUGAUAGAUUCCUAAGGCCUCACAGCAUAUUUGCCUCUGGACAUUGACUGUUCACUGGGUAGCCUUGGUGACCUCAGAGCUUAGAUAUCCCCAGGAUCCCUCUGAAGAUUGUUCCCAGAACAUCUGAGACUCCAGCUUCCUAGAGGCAGCAUGUGACACAGAGUCAUACUCUAUACAGAACACUUGGGCUGGGCCCUUAGCAGCUCUCCCUCAGCACACUCAUGCCCUUUACAAUCCUGGACCCUCCAAAGGGCUCCAUCUCCCUCCUUAGGUACCCACAUCCUCUCUGGACCUCCAUUUUCCCUUGAGCCCCUAAUUCCCUGAGCCCCAUUUUUGAUUACUAGUACUUAUAGAAUUAGUCAGGAGAGCCUCAAUCCUUCCAGAGUUUAGGCUCCCUUCUUCUGAUAAGACAUUGUCCCCAGGUUCCCACAAUCCCCCAUAUCUUAGCUCCUUUUGAAGUUAGCCUUGAUCAUAAAGACAUCUAGGAGCAAAAUUGUGGUAGCUUCUGGGGAUCUGGACCAUUGGGUGCUCAGUGGGUACUUUUGGUUGAGUACCUAAGAGCAACCAUUCCUUCCACCAUGAUGAGAUUCCUCCCAGCAACAUACCCUCCCCAUAGGCCUAUCUCAGGACCUCACAAUCCACUGUGCUUGGCCAGAAGACAACUAAACCUCAGGAUAGGGAAGAACCUGGCCUGACCAAAGUGGGUGGAGAAGAGAAAAGACCACUGGGGUUAUUGAGUCUGGUCAUCAAGAAGAUCUCAGCCCAAUGGACCUGGGGCAGGCCAGAGGCUGCCUAUACGACUGCUCAGUCUCUAGUCCAUCCCAUUCCAGUGUGGCACUUCCUGCCCCAACCCUAGAUGCUCCUUGCCCACCAACUCUUCAACCAACACUUUCUUCUAUUGUGUCACCUGGUCAAAGCUUCUUGAGAUCCCAUCUUUCCAAGAACACCUGAAGGCUAGAGGCUUCCUUCCUGAAGUAUGGGACAAACGGUGCCCAAGCAGUAUCCACAAUCUAUUGUAGCCAGCCUGGGUCCCUAUUAUUAUUUUAUUUUACUUAUUUAUUUAUUGGUAUUUUGAGACAGGGUUUCUUUGUGUAGCCCUGGCUGUCCUGGAACUUGCUCUGUAGACAAGGUUGGCCUCAAACUCACAGAGUUCCAUCUCUGCCUUCUGAGUUUAAAUUAAGGGAUUAAAGGUGUGCACCACCUCCACCCAUCAUCUUUAAUAUUCUUAACUUGGCCCACCAUCUAGGCUGUUGCCCAGUCCUGCCUAGCCCUGAUCUCUCACCCCUACUUCCUCGACUCCAGGACAAGGAGUUCCCCAAAGGCAGUAGGGUGCUGAAGCAGCAGAGGACAUUGGUGGGCACAGGUAGAUGGGGCAGAAAAGUGAAAAUUGGGCUGUGUCUGAGUAUGUGCUAAGCUCAGUGAAGGGUUUCUGAGUAUACUUGGGACUAGGUGGGCACACUUGCUUUCCAAAGGAUAGGGGCUUUGUCUGAGUACUGAGCAUCUACUUUCAGUCUGGAGUCCUAAGACCAGAGGCCUGUGCUGAUCCUAGACCCAUCCCGACUCUAACCCUUCUCCUGGCUCCCCACCCAUUCUGAGCCUGCCAGGGAGAGACCAGCCAAUCUCUGGUGUUCAGGGUGUUGAGGGCCACACCCCCAGCUGCCAUUAUCUGGAGGGUAUAAAUAAACCUGCUUCAAAGCUCAUGGCCUGAGAAUUCACACCUGUCUCAGUCAGCCAGCUCUUGGAUGAACACACACAUCCUACCUCCCAUUCCCACAUACACACAGAAGAGGUGCGCCAGCUAAACCGGUACUGCAAGAAGGCUGUUGGCUGUAGGCCUGUGGAGGAACACCUGCCAAGUGGAGCAGAGGCUGAGCCGAACCUGAAGGAGGGGGAACACGCUCUGCUAGAGCUGGUCAGCCUAGAGGCACAGAGCUUUGCUGUGGCCAGUGAAGAGGAUCAUGCCCAGGAACUGCUGACUCCCAGCUACCAGCUCAGAAUCAUGUCAUCAGGCCAGCGGGUAUGGCAUACAGCUAUGCUACCCCACCACCAGAGCAGCUCCACAGCCACAGUGCCCAGGUCUCCUGGCCCAGUUGGCAGCCCCAGAUCCCCCAGUACUCCUGGCUCAGAGAAGGUGGCCUCCCCACUAGAGUGUUCCAUCUGCUUCUCAGGCUAUGACAACAUCUUCAAGACACCCAAGGAGCUCUCCUGUACUCAUGUCUUCUGCCUUGAGUGUUUGGCUAGGCUAGCAGCUGCCCAACCUGCAGGCCGUCCUGGCAGAGAAGCUGUACCCUGCCCGUUCUGCCGGCAGCCCACAACUGUACCUGCCGCUGGGGCUCCUGCACUACGCACCAGUCGUCAGCUACAGGCCAAGAUGCCAGUGCACCUACAGAGGGAGGAGUCUGUGUGGCUUGAGGGUACCAAACUAUGUUGCCGCCCUUUGCCCACCACUUCUGGCCAAGAGGCCAGUGGCGUUGUGUGUGUGGAUGUAGGCCUGAGCAAACCAGCUGAGCCCACCCUACCUGCGCCUGUCCAGGACCCUGCACCCAACCAAGGUUGUCUGGCCCGCUGUUGGGCACGAUUUGGAGACUGGCGUCGUGUAGCACUGGUUUCUGUGCUGUUGCUGGUGCUAUUUUGUGUGGUGCUCUGGCCGGUACAGUGCGCACUCAAAACUGGAAAUCUGUGCUGCAUUAACCGGCCACCUGCAGCCACUGCCACUCUCACUCCUACUACCGAUGCCCGCUUUCUUGGGCCCCUAGCCAACAACUAGGGUCAACACUUGAUCCAGGCCAGCUAUCCCACUUGCUCCAUGGAUGGAUCCUGACUUACAUAGGUCAAGAACACAGCAGCUUUGGAAGUUGGUCCUCCAGAACCAAGGACACAUAUGUGUCCCUCAGUCUCUAGGGUUAUGUGCCAAUGGGGACAAAAAAGUCCUCAAAGUCUCUAAGAAAUACAGGCUUCUAAGGGGCCCAGAAACUGCCCUCUGACCCUGUCAUACAGAUGGGGAAAGGAACCCAGGAAUGUCUGGUUAGGUUCCUGACCUUCCUAAACAUACUGAAUUGCCAAAAAAAAAAAGCAGGAGUUUGCCAUCCUUCCUUCCUUUUUUAAAAUUAAUUAAGUUUAUUCAUUUAUUUUACAUCCUGACUGAAGUUUCCAUCCCUCCUCUCCUCCCACCCCUCCU